CACUAUCAUCUCAAAUUUACAUAUUCUUCCCCGGUCAGAUCCGCAACACAUAAACCCUAUAUCGAGUUCGAGGUUCAAGUCAAUUUCUGUAUUCCCAAAUUGAUUUGUAUCAUAAUCUUCUAAUUUUAUUUCAUUUUCUUUGCGUACAGUAUAUGCUUUUUACUUAGCGCACGAAUUAAACAAAUUACCCCAAAAUUCUGGUGGAAAAAUGAGCUCUUUAGCUUCGUUUUGGUGAAGAAAUAGCUUAUUCAAUUCAGAAGCUUUUGAGCGAUGGAUAAACAUGGAUUUAUUGCCGCUAUUUUCAUUUUAUUAAUUGUCUCAAACACUAGCAAUGCAUCUUUAAUGUUUAAUAUCCGGAGAUUAAUACUCGGUUCUAAAAACACCACUUCCACAAAUUUACAGGUUUCGCCGUUGGUAAGUCCUGUCAGUGGUCCUGUAAAUGCUGGAAAGUCUGAGAAAGAUAAGCACAAUGAAUCCGAGGUUAGUAAGCAGAACAAUACUUCGUCAACUGUGGAUUCGAAGGGCUUCAAGAAAAAGGACGAUGAUAUUGAUAAAAAUAGAAACCAUACGGGCACUUCAAGCCAACCGGAUGGUGUGAAGAAAGGUGUAUUGGACGAUAAAGGGAAGGGGAAGGUGGAAAAUAUCACGAAAACGCAGUUGGGCAGUAAUGAUAGUUGUGAGGGAUCACAGAGGAGCUGCAGAGACGAGGCUAUGCUUGCUUGCAUUUAUACCUCCAAAAAGGGUUCCAAAGAACUGUUCAUUUUGGUGCAAAAUGAAGGGGAAAGCAAUUUGAAAGUUAAUGUCAAUUUCCCCAAUUCUAAGGAAAAUGGAUUAUCAGCUUAUGAAGUACCAAACAACCAAAUUAAAAAGAUUCAUAUCCCUUCAAACCUGGGCAAAAGCAGCAAGAUAAUAUUAAGUUCCGGAAAUGGGAACUGUGUGUUUGUCUUGGAUGGUUCUGUUUCUGUAGAGAACUUCCUCCGGCAGUUCUCUUCCUACUCUAGACAGGUGACCCCUAUUUAUGUUGCAUACUUCUUCUUUCUAUUCGCUUUGCUUUGUGGAGGGACAUGGGCUUGCUGCAAGUUAAAGAAGAGGAGUGUGCACGAUGGUAUCCCAUAUCAGGAGCUUGAAAUGGGCUUGCCAGAAUCCACUUCAGCUGUCAAUGUGGAGACAGCAGAAGGUUGGGAUCAGGAUUGGGAUGAUGAUGAUUGGGAUGAGGAAACUGCAGUAAAAUCACCUGGAGGGCACAAUAUCAGGAGUAUCUCUGCAAAUGGCCUUACUUCAAGGUCUUCUAAGAGAGAGGGAUGGAAUAAUGACUGGGAUGAUUAGCAAAACAUGUUUGAAAAAAUGGGAAUCAGGAGAAAAUCUGCAAGAAGAAGACACAUGACAUACGGGUUAAAGAAAUAGAAAAUGAGAAGAAUCCCUUUGUAUUUAAUAUUUCUCAUCUUUUUCUCCCACAGAAUUUCUUGCAUAUAAUUUUGCAUGCAUCAUGUGUACUGAAAAAAAUUUUGGAGUCCAGAAAGUUUUCAUUUAUAGAAAAUUUGGCACUGUGAUUAUUGCGAUAAAUUAUUUAUAAGGAUUGCAGUUGUAAAAAUUUGCCAUAUGCUUAUUGUCUAUUUCACUUA